AUGUCAGCAAAGAAUAAAGUUGGUCCUCUUCCUGCGACAAAAAAAGCUUUUUUAGAGACAAAAACCCCUCCAAAAGUCGCUAAAAAGCCUCUGAAAAAGCAAAAAUCUUUCACUUCUCGUCUUCGUCAUUAUUUUUUCGAGUCAGUUUCUUACUCCGGGAUCCAUGGAUGGUCUUACAUCUUCGAACCGAAGCGACAUUGGACCGAAAGAAUCUUAUGGCUUAGCGUAAUUGUGUGUCUCGGAGCUGCCGCAGCUUAUUUAUGUCUCACAACAUGGGACAGAUACCAAGCGGAUCCCGUCGUUGUAUCUCUCGAAAAUUACGAUAACGAUUGGAAUGGCACCGUUCCUGCGAUAACUUAUUGCUACCAUGAGCGAAUCGACUUUGACAAAGCCGAUGAAUUUAUCCAACGGACUUGGAGUGCUGACGAGAACGACACUUCGUACGAGGAUUACAUGGAAUUCAUCGGAAUUGUCGUGAAUAUCUCCUCCGAUAACUUGCAUCGCUUCGAAAAAUUCAAAGAUGACGAGAGAUUUAGCUCGAUUGAUAUGUUGGAAUUAGCGCGGGAAUUGCAUCCGAAUUACGAUGACGCGAUAACGAGCUUCGAUAAAGGCGCUGAGGUGAAUUUCGUCGAAGUGAUAACCGAAAGAGGAAUUUGUUACACGAUAAAUUCGCCGUUAUCGGUGCUGCUGAGUACAAUGAUCCAGUUGAAUGACUUCAAAAUUGUGGAGAAACCGAUGUCUUGCCUGUUUUCGAAAAAUAAGUGCUUUAUUAAUAUUGAUUUGUAUGAUUCGGCGAUCUCAUAUGCAGUUCAUUCGCCUUACGAUUUGCCUGUUGAAAAUAUGGGCUUUACUGAUAUGAUGAAACAAGAUGAAAUUGAAGCGAUUUAUGCCGUUGUUGAAACUGUAGCUGAUAAACAGGUUCGAACUUUAUCUCCGAAGCAGCGAAAAUGUCUUUUUCCGGAUGAAUCGAGUAAAAUGUCUUCUUUACCUGUUUAUGGCGUCAAAUACUGCGGAAUUCUCUGCAAGGCACGAAAAAGUAUCGAACUUUGUGGAUGCAAGCCUUUCUAUUACCCCUUCAUAAACGGUCAAAUUUGCACAGUUGAAGGUUUAGCAUGUUUGGCGCAAAAAGGAUGGCCCGGCAACAUGACAGCAAAUUGUGAAUGCCCAAAACCCUGUACUGAAGUACUUUUUGUUCGAGAAGUCUUCAAACGUCACAGAUGGUCUGUCGAUGGCUCCGGAAUAACUUUUGUGCGGAAAACUGCUUGUCGAUGGGAGAUUUUGUCACCGAAUUUCCGAUUGCGACGCGAUGUUUUGUUUUCUUUUGAGGAUUUGUUGGUAUCAUUUGGAGGCAUCGCUACCCUCUUCCUGGGCUUCAGUUUGUGGAAUUUAUUCCGUCUCGGGUACUCGAUGGUGCGCCAAGUAAUCGACACAAUGGAAUAA